CAAAGAGAAGCGCUUGUUGUUUUUCUUCUUUUUGUCUAUGAGUGGUUCUAACCUGAAAAGGUGCUGUUGUUUCGGUUAUUAGUAGGGCUCAAUUUGAAACCAUGGAAAAUAAAAACGUUAGAUACGAGAAAAUCGAGUUUUUGGGCGAAGGCCAGUUUGCCACCGUAUUUAAGGCCAAAGAUGUUAAAACCGACAAGAUAGUGGCUGUUAAAAAAAUAAAAUUGGGCAGUCGCGAAGAGGCCCAAGAUGGCAUUAACAGAACAGCGCUGCGGGAAAUCAAGCUGCUUCAAGAGUUGCACCACGAUAAUCUCAUAGGGCUUCUGGAUGUGUUCGGCCACAUGUCCAACGUGUCUUUAGUGUUUGACUUUAUGGAUACCGAUUUGGAAGUGAUUAUUAAGGACAAUACGAUCAUUCUUACAACAGCCAACAUUAAGUCAUAUAUUUUGCAAACCCUGCAAGGUUUGGAGUAUCUUCAUGUAAACUGGAUUUUGCACAGAGAUUUGAAGCCAAAUAAUUUGUUGGUGGAUGCAAGCGGAGUGUUAAAAAUUGGCGAUUUUGGGUUAGCGAAGUUGUAUGGAUCGCCUAACAGGAUUAACACACAUCAGGUAGUCACCAGAUGGUACAGGCCUCCAGAGCUCCUAUUCGGUGCAAAACAGUAUGGCACAUGCAUAGACAUAUGGGCUGUAGGCUGCAUCCUAGCAGAGCUGUUAUUGCGAGUCCCGCUAUUUCCAGGAGAAUCUGAUUUAGAUCAGCUGACCAAAAUUUUCGGAGUCUUUGGAAACCCGACAGAAGACAAUUGGCCUGGAGUCAAAAGUCUAUCCGAUUACAUCGAAUUUAAGACAUUUCCCCCCAUUCCAUUGAAAUCCAUAUUUACUGCAGCGGGCGAUGACUUGUUGCACGUGAUAGAAAGUAUGCUUGUCCUCAACCCAAUAGCCAGGAAAACUUCAACAGCAUGCCUGAAAUUGCCGUUCUUUAGCAAUAAGCCUGCACCGACAGCUGGUUGCAAACUUCCACUACCCCAAAAUAUUAGAAAGCUGGCCGAAAUUGAAAGACUGUCCCUGAAAAGGAAGCUGUUGGAUUCUGCGGAAGGAGGGACUCUAUCUAAACGGCUAUUCACCUAAAAAAGAUCUACACCAUAGACUGAUUAAAAAUCCCAUAUCGUUCGUUGUCUGCAAUACAAAAAUGACUGUAGAACUAGUAAAUUAGUUGGAUGUAUGACCUUUACAGUUAAGCAAAUUAAACUUUGAUUCUUUGAUACAGUUCGAAAAGUCGGGACGAAAACAAAACGACAAUCUCUAGUUACUGUUACAAAAAAGUUUAUUAGAAUAUUAUUCAAAUUA